GCCGCCGCCGAAACGGAGCCCCGGCUUCGACGAUCGCAUGGACAUCGAGCCGCAAGUUCACCAAAGCACGGGGGCCUGUCGGCCGCUCUAUGGUGACGGUAUGUGCGUUGGCCCGCUCAAGAGGAUAUGUCAUUGGGGACCGCUUUCAGCUCUGGGAAUAAUCAAAAUAAUCACGUUAAUGACAAUACACUGUAGUAGACAGUGGUGGUCGCCACAAGAAAGUAUUCCAGCUGCAGCUAGUUUCCUGUUAUUUUUUUGCCUAAGUGGAUCUACCUUGUUUCACUUCAUCAGUGCUAUUUUUGAAGGCCCUGGAUACCUCACAUUAAAAUGGAUGCCAGAAAAAGCUACCGAUACUCAAUAUCUGCAGUAUUGUACUGUCUGCCAAGGAUAUAAAGCACCAAGAUCACAUCAUUGUAGAAAAUGUGGUCGUUGCGUUAUGAAAAUGGACCAUCACUGUCCAUGGAUAAAUACGUGUGUCGGACAUUACAACCACGGUCACUUCACGGCAUUUUUAGCGAGUGCAGUCGGUGGUUGCUGCGUCUCUACUGUCAUAUUAAUCUGCUGGCUGGAAACGGUGCUAUCUUUGAAACCGCUGCCAUUUCCACCGCCAUCGGUUUACAUGUUAAUAUUAGUAGUAUUUAGUAUCGGCUUAUCGAUUGGUGUAGUAUUUGCAGUAGGAAUGCUACUGUAUUUACAGAUGUUGGCCAUUGUGAGAAACCGAACAGAGAUAGAAGAUUGGAUUUUGGAGAAAGCACGGUACCGGCAGGAUGAUAAAGAUACUAAAUACAUGCAUCCGUAUUCGAAAGGAUGGCGCUUCAAUAUAAGACAAGUUCUUACAUGGGACUGCACUCCCGUUGGCGAUGGUAUUACGUGGCCCAUCAUCGAUGGUUGUGAUCAAUACACAUUAACGAGGGAACAACUCGCACAAAAAUUAGACAAACGGAAAAGAGCGCGCAGAUAUAGAAUUAUAAAACCUGCAUCAGGAUCAAGGUUUCCAAUUACACACGGUUUUGGUGUAUUCUUCCAUCCACCUUGUACCGAUGAGCCGCGAAUUAAGUUAGACGUAGGAGAUAUGGUAGUUAUAACGCGUUGGAAGAGAUAUUGGCUAUUUGGAGAAAAAGAGCAGAAGGGAGGAGGAGACACAGGAAUGAAACGUAUAAGAGGAUGGUUGCCGCAACCUUGCGCAAUCGAAAUAAUAGAAAACAAUAUAUACGGCACAGAUAACUUAUCCAAAGAUGAUUAAAUUUUGAAAUACAUGUGAUAUAUAUGUAUAAUAUUUAUGUGUAUGCGUCUGAGGAUUCGUGAUAUCGUUUGUAAUAAUUUUCCAUAUUUUUAUGGUACCCGACAGGGAAUGCAAUGAACAUUACAAUUUAUUGUAAUAUGUAAGAAUUGCAUUUAUGUGUUCAAGUUGACUACAUUUACUUGAAAUCGCAAGUUUGGUUUCGGGUAGAUCUCCUGCGUCAAUAUCCUCUUAUACAGUAUAUCAAUUUUUUUUCACAAGAAGACUUCGAUAGCCCGCUUUUAGCAUAAUAAUUUCGUUAUGCGCGAUAAUCAUGUACAUAUGUAUCCGUGACAAUUAUGUAUAUAUUUAUUGACCUGAUGGAAGAUGUGCAUAGGAUAAGGAAGUUAGUUGUGGAUCAUCAUAAGAAUCAACAUGGAUAUUUUCCCUUAUAAGAACAUGCGAGCGUGAGUGCAUAAUACUCAACGGGUACACUCGUUUGCAAAAAGGUUUGGAUACAUUUCUUCUGAUGGAGAAGAAACAGUCAGUCAUAAGUCCGUUGCAGCUGUGACGUCAGAGGCCUCAUAUGUCGUCACUUCGGCUCCUAUCAAAUGGAUUGCCGCACUGACAACCAUGACCAUUUUACGCGUUCCUAAUUUUAUAAAAAGAAAAGUAUUCAAACCGUCUCGCAACUAAGUGUACAAUUAAUCAUGAUAAAUACUAUAAAGAUGAAUUUAGGAUUGAUUACUGUUUUACAUUUCUUAAGAUAUAUAUUUUAAUUUUAUAUGUGCCAUUUAGAAGUAAUGUAAAUAAUCCACAACUAGAUCCUGAAUAUUAGUUACGGAAAGACUGGUUCUUAAAAUGCUUAAAUAUUUUCCGAAGAAUGUUCUUGAUCCAUCUUAUGAUCCAAAGCUAGUACCUGAUCUAUAUCCGAUUCCCUUCAUAAGACGGGCCAUUGACAGGAUCAAAUAUUGUUCCGUAAUAAAUAGAAUCCUGAGUGAGAAUAAAUUACUAAUGACGA